AUGGACAAUGUUAGCGGAAGCAGUAGGAUUAUAGUGGUCAAUAUUGGAUCAAAAGAUGGGUUCUUACGCAACGCACAGUUGUUUUAUAAAGCGGGAUGUGCAACAGGAGACUACCAUGGGCAAAUGAACUACGAAAAUUUUUCUAAUUGGAUAUCGAAUAAAGUAAUUCCGAAUCUGCGACCGAACUGUGUUAUUGUUAUAGACAAUGCUUCAUAUCACAAUAAGGAGCGCAACAAAGCUCCAACUAGGUCCUCAAAUAAAAGCGAAAUGAUUGAAUGGUUAUUAAAAUAUAAGGUGGAAGCUGAUUUGACAAUGAGAAAAACAAAAUUAUUUGAUUUAAUUAAACAACAUAAGCCGGAAGACAAGGUAUUUGAAAUUAAUAAAAUACUUGAAGCUCAUGGACACACUGUGCUGCGACUUCCACCAUACAACUGCGACUUAAAUCCAAUUGAAAUGGCGUGGGCAAAGCCCAAGAAUUUCGUCAGAGGAAGACAUAUUCUUCGAGAUAUUUGCAUGACGAAGUUGCUGCAGUUGGUGAAAAAAAGAGAGUACUGGGUUAAGGAUGGAGUUAUGGAAGACAUAAUAGACGCUAUAGUUACUAAUUUAGAAAGUGAUGACGACGACGACGAGGACGACGACGACGGUAAUGACAGUGACAAUGUUGAUGAUGACCUCUAA